AUGGCGGAGGAGAGCCAGGCGCCGCGCUACGUGAAGCUCACCCGGGACCAGGAGGCGCCCGCCGAGGACAUCUGCCCCGGCGAGCUCAACCAGCCCGUCCACGUCCCACGGCCCGGGUGCAGAUGGUGCGCCGAGUGCGGCCAGGUCCUGCCGGAGUCCUACCAGCUGCCGGCCGACGAGCCCUGGAGCACCGGAAUCUUCGGAUGCACCGCCGACCCCGCGAGCUGCCGAACUGGAUGCUUCUGUCCAUGCGUGUUGUUCGGGCGCAAUGUUGCGGCUCUUAAAGAGGAUACCCCAUGGACAGCACCGUGUGUUUGCCAUGCCGUCUUUGUGGAAGGAGGGAUCGCCCUUGCGAUCCUGACAGCAAUAUUCCAUGGGGUUGAUCCAAGAUCGUCGUUUCUUAUUGGAGAAGGUCUACUGUUCAGCUGGUGGCUGUGCGGUACCUAUACCGGCAUUUUCCGUCAGGAGCUCCAGAAAAAGUACCAUCUCAAGAACUCGCCAUGCGACCCUUGUAUGGUCCAUUGCUGCCUGCACUGGUGCGCAAACUGCCAGGAGCAUCGGGAGAGAAGGGGCCGCCUCACGGAGAGGGAGGAUGGAGUGCAGAUGACCAUCGUCGACGCGCCUCCGGUGGAAGAGAUGGGCAUGCCAAGAGAAUCAUCGUGCUGCCUCUGA